AUGCAUCUCGUCACCGACUGGAAGCAAUGGGUAUCGGAGGUUGUGCCUGUGCAAGGCAUGGCUGCUUUGUGCGACAUGCAAUGGUGGAUUUUCAAAAGGGAGAAAGCGCUUAGACAGAUGAAUAUGGACUAUGUGUUGUGCGAGGCAUUAAAGCACAAUGCCGAUGGUAUUUGGCGUGCAUUGACAUUCUACGAUGUCAACUGCCAGUACCAUAAGUAUCUUAAGAACUGUAUUGCUGACAGUCCUUUUUUGGACAUUCCAGAGCAGCUGGAAAUAAUACCCGGAAUAGGUCUUUGGCAUAUUCAUGGCCAUCAGGACAGCUGCUAUGUGCGCUAUGCCUCAAACUUUAUCAAGGGCGCUGCACGUAUUGACGGUGAGAUCAUGGAGACACUCGCGUGGAAUGGGGACGCUGCACCGAAAGGAGUGCUUGGAUUAUCAAAUGAAUGA